GACAGUCUCCUCCUCCACAUUCUGCAGCGCCUUCCGAACCCUAGAUCGGUUUCCGUCUGCCGAUCCGUCUGCAAGCAUUGGGAAGCCCUAAUCUCCAGUCCCAACACCCUCCGCCACUUGAUUUCCCGCCAAAAGCUCAACCUCACCAACAACGGCGGCGAGCGGCCUCUGCUGAUCUACUUCGACCGCCCAGAAACACAUUUCGAGUCAAUCGUGAGGAGCAAUGUUCCCCCAAUUUUCCUCUCCGACGAUAUGGUUCAGAAUGUCGACCGCCACACGAUCCAAGUCAUCUCGUGCUGCUACGAUUUGCUUCUGUUGGGGAGGGUCAGGCCGAAAAACAGGUACCGCAGGAGGUUCUUCGUCUGCAAUCCGUUUACGAAGCAGUAUGUCAUACUCCCUCUGGUACCUCGAAAUCUCGCAAAAUUCCAAGGAUUCUACUUUGGAACUCAUCGUCAGCAGUAUUCCGAGUGUGAUGCUUCCCUAAUUGGAUUCGUUUGCGAACCCUGCUUUACCGAGGAUUUGAGUUGUUCUAGCAGUAGUAGUGAUUCUGUUGUGCGGUACAAUCUCGAGUUUCGAUUUCGGGUAGUGUUCAUUUCUACAGGUGAGCAUUGUCUUGGAGUGACUGCCUUCAGCUCAGAGACAUGGGAGUGGACUUUCCGUAGUUUUGGGCGCCAUAUGACAGUGCAUGAUGAACUACCGCUCGUACCUUCCACCGCACCCUACAUUGGCAUCGGCAAUGCUUGUUCUACCGCGAAGAACAAGCUGUUCUGGAAGACCUCGGAAGCCAGAGUUGCUGUUUACGAUCCUUUCAGCAAGCAGAGUCCACCGAAGAUCGAUUUGGUUGAUUGUUCUCAUUUAUGGUCGGAUGAUAUUGUCAACAACAAUUUCUUGGUUGGGGUUUCCCAGGGAUUCUUGCGUGGGAUGGUCUUUCCACGCCCAGAUAGACCAGACUACAACAAAGAAGGGUUCUUUAGCCUCUGGAAGCUGGAAGAGGAUCGUGACCUGGUGGGCGGGUACAGAUGGAGCUUGGAUUAUCAGGUGUCGAUGCGAGUGCUGUACAACAUGAUCAUCCGACGACAUAAGAUGAACAAGAUAGAAGAAGGCGGAGGAAGGAAGAGGACGAGGAGGAGGAGGAGGAGGAUGACGCGGUUAGGGGUGCUGGGGGUGCAUCCGAGCAGGCCAGAGGUCGUCUAUUUCGAGUGUCGCGAUUAUGCUAAAAAGCAUAAUCACGACCCUUUCUUCUUCGACUUCAAUCAUCACUUCAGAGACGAUGAUGGAGGCACGAAACUUCGUGAUGAUCGCGUCUAUGAUCCUAUCUAUGUCGUCCCCUUCGAUGUGCUCAAGCUUGAGGUGGCGGGAGAGGUUAUACCCAUCGCUGAAAGUGAUGCGACCCAUCUCAAGUUCAAACAUUGGGGCAAGGUGGGAAGAGGUGAUCCGAUGGGCUGGGCUGUAUUCCAGCCGUUGAUUCCUUUCUGGCCGACUCCUAUCCCUGUGCCAGAUUUUGCAAACGGAUUAAUUGAAGAAGAACCAGAGGAGGCUAUCAGGGAAGAUAGUUGGAUUACUGAUAUUUGCUUUUACAAUCUCUGGUGACGCGAGUACUGCUGAACUUCGAUCUAGAUGAGCAGCAGCUCAGUGUGUUAUGGUUUGUCGUUCAGAAAGCGGAGGAGUAUGGCUAGCUUAUGACGGUGUUAUUUAUUGGAUUUGUGGACGGACGUCUGGUGAUUCUGAUGCUUGUGCAUCCAUCUUUGCUUCUCUCUGGAAAAUGUUCCUAAAAUGUUCUGUUUAGGCUUACAGUCUCGCCCUUGGUCAUUUUUGGAUUCUGCAGUUUCUUAUUCGUCCUGCUAAUGUGG